ACCCACCAAGUAGAAUCUCAUUUAUCUUACAAUCUAAGCAAAGGAAACUGAAUAAACUCACGUCAAUUACCUCUGCAAUUCUCUGUUGUAAGCAAAGACAUCCACUUUUGUAGACUGCUUGAUUACUUGGGGAGAUGGAAACUGCGAUAACCACGUUGUCCAGUCUGAGUUACGAGGCACUAGAUUAUGAAGACAGAGAGUUUUUGGGCAAAAAAAGAACCUGGCAUCGAUAUGUUGUCGAGGCUGGUACAUCCAAAAACAAGGAGAAAUCAUUAGAUUUAAGGGCUUCAACUUCGAAUCAUACGGUGACUGAUAUUUCAUCCGAGAGUUCAUUUGAAGAGAGAAAACUGGUGGCUAGUGCAAAGGAAAUUAAGCGUCUAGAUGAAAGGUUGAGGAUUCUUGAAGAGGAAGAUGAAAUGCUGAAGAAAGCUCUCAUGGAAAGUUUGGAAGAAAGAACCAGGCUAAAGACUGAGGUAUAUCAGUAUAUUGAAACUCUACAGCUUUGUCAUGUAAAAGGAGCACAAGAAAUGGGAGAAGUGUCAAUGGAUGGAAUUAAUAUAAUUAAGCCUCUUAAGGACAGAAGGGAAGGUCUACUGCAAGUUUUGAUCCAAGAAUCAAAUCCAUCACUGGUCACCAGAGACUUAAGACCCAGAGCAGUAGGUUUAGGAAUCCAAAAAGUUCAAUUGACAUGAUCAUCAAACUAAGCCUCGCCCCAGAUUUGAAUCCAGCAGUUCAGCCGCUAAUGUAAUUUGUUGCUUUGGAGUAAUAUUUAUCGAACUAUCAUAGGCACGUUCAAAUCUUUUUUUCUUUAGACAGUUCAUUCAAAAGAAAUUACAGUUUCAGAACUGCUAAUGAUAAAG